AUGGAAGUUGUUAAAUCCAUGAGAGGCUUGGCCAUGGAUAUAAUCAGCACCCUUCCUCAAGACAUAACCACACGAAUUCUAAGUCGUAUGCCCAUCCGAGAUGCAUUGAGGACAAGCAUUUUGUCAAGAAAGUGGAGAUAUUGCUGGAGGAGAGUUUCUACAAUCUCAUUUGAAGACAAAAUGUUUGAAGGGUUAAACUAUAGCAAAGAAAUUAUGAAGCAUAAAGUUGCUAAUGCCAUCUUCCACGUUUUGCUGCUACACACUAGUCCGCUUCUCAAGUUUUCUUUAUCAAUAGAUGUUGACAUGGAAUCUGAGCUCGACCAGAUUAUUAUCUAUCUCUCAAGGAGCGAUACAUUGCAAGAGUUGUCCUUAGAAAACAAUUCAGCCAAGCACUACAAGCUACCUUGUUCCUUUUUUUCAUUACGAGAAUUAUGGUACUUACGGGUCACAAAUUUUCAUCUUGGGACUUCGUUAACAUCCAAUGGGUUUAGUAAGUUGACGUGCCUGACGUUGACCAAUGUGGAGAUUAGUUCCCAUGCGCUAAAAUAUUUGCUUACCAACUGCCCGCUACUCGGGGAAUUGUAUUUGCUGGGAGACGAGCCAAAGAUGAUAGGCGAAAAUAGCGUCACGUCUGUUGAGUUGUAUGAGUGUUUGCCUUCAAUUCAGAAGUUGGGAUUUUCAGAAUACUAUCUGAAGUACUUCGGUGCAGGUGGUAUGCCACAUAAGCUCCCAAAUUCAUCAUUCCAAGUCAAAUAUCUCAUUUUGAGUUUGUGCCUAAGGGAUCGAGAUGCUCUUUCAAGUGCCCUUUAUUUGAUUAAGAACUCCCCAAAUUUAACAACACUUUCAAUCAAGACAAUUACUCGACCAACUUCCACGGAUCCUCUUGAUCUUGAAGACUACUCGGACUUGAAGUUGGAUCAUCUUCACAACUUGUGGAUGCAUGGUAUCAGAAACUUAGAUAUGGACUUAAAAUUUCUAAAGCUCGUCUUGGCUAAGGCACCUGUGCUAAAGAAAGCCUUUAUGGAGCUUGACUAUAAUCUUCCUCUUUUAUCAGACCUACAGGUGUUGGCAGAAUUAACAAGGGUGCCAUUUCCAUGUGCAUCAUCUUCAGCACAAUUGUUUAUUGAACGCCCAAACACUUCCCCUUCCUCCUAUCUUCCUUUCUUUCUACCAGAUAUGUUUACUCAACACCCAAACAUUUGCACAUUUGAACCUUGGUUUUUCUCAUGUUUUUACCAAAAUAAGAGUAGUGAGUGAU